UUUUGACCUCUCAGGAUUUCAGUGGGUACAGACAAUGAUAUUCGCCAUUGAAGAAAUUAAUAAAGACCCGGCACUGCUUCCUAACACAUCUUUGGGUUAUCGGCUCUAUGACAACUGUGUGAACUUGGGAGUUGCUCUCAAAGCGGCCACCAGUUUAAUUGCUGGUGAAGAUGACACUAUUCUCGACUACAACUGCCAGGGGCUGCCUCCAGUUGUUGCUAUUGUCGGAGAUCCUGGAUCAACACAUUCGAUUGCAAUACUUAGCAUAUUGGGUUUAUUCAACAUUCCACUGGUCAGCUACUAUGCCACAUGUUCCUGUUUAAGCAAUAAAUAUGAAUACCCAACAUUCUUUAGAACAAUCCCAAGUGAUGCCUUUCAGGUCAAAGCCAUAGCAGAAAUCAUUAAACAUUAUGGGUGGACAUGGGUUGGUGCAUUAGCUAGUGAUGAUGACUAUGGGCAGAAUGCUAUCAAGUUCUUUAAAGAAGAAAUAAAUACUUUUGGCUGCAUUGCAUUUAUGGAAGCCAUCCCCAAAAUACAUCAGAAAGAUGUGAUACAGAAUAUAGUAAAAACUAUAAAACAAUCAUCUGCUACAAUUAUUGUGGUAUUUUGCUCUGAAGUGGAACUGCUUGCUGUGGUGAAAGAAGUUGUUCACCAAAAUAUAACAGGGCGGCAGUGGAUUGCAAGUGAAGGUUGGAGCACUUCCACGGUGUUGGCCAGCAGCAACUACUUUGGUUCAUUUGGUGGAACACUGGGUAUUGCAAUACGCAGAGGGGAAAUUCCAGGACUGGGACAGUUCCUUCUUCAGAUACAACCUGACUUUAAUAAUAACUUAUUUAUCCAGUUCUGGGAAACAGUUUUUGGAUGUAAAUUCCAAACCAAAACGAAUUAUUCUGUGGCUAAUGGGCCGGCGUGUACAGGGUUUGAGAUCAUUCGAAAAACACAAACUGCUUUUAAUGAUGUGUCAGAAUUAAGGGCUUCCUACAAUGUCUACAAAGCGGUGUACACCUUGGCACAUGCCCUACAUGACUUGGCUUCUUGUGUAGGAGGGAAUGGACCAUUUGAAAACAAUACCUGUGCAGAUAUAAGAUCUAUGAAGCAGUGGCAGCUUUUACAUUACCUGAAGAAAGUCAAUUUCACCAAUAAGCUGGGAGAAAGACUGGCUUUUGAUGACAAUGGAGAUGCACUGGCUAUCUAUGAUAUUGUAAACUGGCAACAAGCUGAAGAUGGAUCUGUGAAAAUUAGGACCAUUGGCAUUUUUGAUAAAUCUGCAAAUGCAGAGAGAGAACUUGUGCUUGACGAAGACAAUAUUUUUUGGAACUUUGAAUUGGGAAACAUUCCUGAAUCUUACUGCAGUAAAAGCUGCUUGCAGGGAACGAGAAAAGCUAUUCGCAAGGGAGAGCCAGUCUGCUGUUUUGACUGCAUACCAUGUGCUGAUGGAGAAAUCAGUAGUGGAAUUGAUUCUGUUGAAUGUGUUCCAUGCCCUUCUGAUUUUUGGUCAAAUCCUGGAAAAAACCACUGCAUUUUUAAAGAAAUUGAAUUUCUCUCAUAUGAAGAUGCAAUGGGAAUUACAUUAACUGCAGUCUCUUUAUCAGGAUUCUUCAUUUCAGUUGGUGUAUUGGCAGUUUUUAUCCAUUAUCGGCAUACUCCAGUUGUUAAAACCAACAAUUCUGAACUGAGCUUUCUCUUGCUAGCGUCACUAUCCAUGUGCUUUCUCUGCUCACUAUGUUUUAUUGGACAGCCUUCUCACAUCAGUUGCAUGAUGAUGCAUGCCAUUUUUGGAAUCAGCUUUGUUUUAUGUAUCUCCUGCAUUCUUGUAAAAACUAUAGUUGUGAUAGUGGUAUUUAAAGCUACCCAACCUGGUAAUAAUGUGAUACAGUGGUUUGGUAUUUCUCAACAAAGAUUCACUGUUUUCUUAUGUACUUUCACUCAGAUUCUAAUAUGUAUUGUAUGGCUGGCCACAGCCCCUCCAUUUCCUGUUAAAAACACAAAGUAUAACAUGUCAAAGAUUAUUCUGGAGUGUAAUAUUGGAUCAGUAACUGGGUUUAGCUUUCUUCUGGGAUACAUUGGAUUGUUAUCCGGUAUAUGCUUUCUUUUGGCCUUCCUUGCCAGAAAUCUCCCAGACAGCUUUAAUGAAGCUAGGUUCAUUACAUUCAGCAUGCUUAUUUUUUGUGCUGUUUGGAUAACUUUCAUACCUGCUUAUGUUAGCUCACCGGGGAAAUAUACUGUAGCUGUUGAAAUUUUUGCAAUAUUAGCUUCAAGCUUUGGUAUUCUGUUUGCAAUAUUCACUCCAAAAUGUUAUAUUAUUCUACUUAAACCAGAGCAGAAUACGAAGAAAGCACUCAUGAGCCGAUAGCUGUUUGCAGUUUAGUUAAUAAGGACUUGAAUGUUAAAUAUGCAAAUAUUUAUUAAAGACAGAAACAUUAAAUUAUAUCAAUCCAAAAA